CUUCAGACCUCACAGGCGUCCGAAACAGAAACCUGCGGAUAUAUUUAUAUUUCCUCUCACAAAACUAUAUUUAUUGCACGGUAUGCUGGAGCGUACAGGAAAUGGCUCCAAAAAUAGAAAGCAAUUAGAUUUAUUUUCGCGUUCUUAAUCGAUGCAAUUAAAUCUUAAGUGUACUUAAUGAUAUCGAGCAUAAUCUGUAUCCUAUUUCUUUGAAUGAAACGGUCAUUGACUGCAGGUGAUUUAUUUAUACGGCUGGCUCUCUUGCCAUUUCCCAUGUCUCGCCGGUCGGUCGGUCACUCGGUGCUCAUUGUUUAACACUGUUGGGCUCGUCCAGUUCGUCUUUUCUAUUUGCUACCUUUUUUUACAGCAUAUGCCACCGACGGAAGGGAAGAGGGAGAACGCUGCAGCAGAAAAAAGGCAAAUGAGAAGUACAAAGACAGGGUGGAGGGGCGGGGUGGUGGUAUAACUCCGCCCCCGGUCUCAAGCAGCUCGCAUUCCUUAUUCGCAACCUUCCAGAUUAGAAACCGAGAAAGACAGAAAGAGGGUACAAGGAGAAAGGCGAGCACAAUGACUAUGGCAUUACACAGAACGUCUCAGCUUUUGAAAAACGAACAUCGCACACCUCUGAGAGCGCUUUGGGCAUGGAUCACGGGCACUGUAGUCGUAGUACUGGUCAAUGACGUUACACCUGGUCUGGGGACAAAAUGAGGGUUAUCUACAUCCAGAACGCCGGCUUCGUUGCUGCUUUCUCGGGAAGCACUGACGGUGAUGGUUCUUCGUUUUAUUUUUUGACUUCGUAAUAUAGGCAGCAUUUAACAGAAGACUAUAAACACUACCUUGCGUAAUUUAGCACGGCCAAGGUCUAUUGACCAUGCCUCUACGCGAGAAAAGAACGAAGAAAAUUAUUAUAUGGUAUAGUCAAUGUACUUCGAAAUAUUUUGCAUAUUUGCGUCUUUGAGAUUUUCUAAAUAUUGUGCAUUAUCAUCCGUAGGAUACGCAAGGACGCUUUGUCUAAAAUCGAAAGUAGAGAUAGAUGCUUAGUUGAGGUAUUUAUUGUGUUAAAGCUAGAACCAUAAUUAAUCAUACUUUUUACAUUCAUCGUAGGUGCUAAACAAUUUCAUCUCUGAAAUAUUGAUGUGUAAGCAAAUAGCGAUUAGUCCACUUUUUUUCUUUGUUUCUGCCUUUGAAUGCUGGAGCUGACAGUAGCCUACUGUACUGGACACGUUAGGAGUCGCGAUACUCCCAGCAAACUAAAAUAUGACCAGGAGAACAGUGGCCAUAUGAAAUUAAUAAUGCAAUUAAGAUCUGAAUCGCAGUUCAUUUGUUUCUGAUCACGCAUUGCUCGUCUUAAUUUAUUUAUUUAUUUGUUAAGCUAUUAUUAUUAUUAUUAUUAUUAUUAUUAUUAUUAGUAUUAUUAUUAUUAUUAUUAGGCUACUACUAGUUUUACUACUAUUACUACUAGACUACUACUUUUGAUGAAAUUGGGUAAAUACACAGACAUAGAGGACGGUCGUGGAAACAGUCAAGGUUGCACUUUUUCCCGCGAGAUGGAAACUGACAGCCUUUCACCGCAUCGGCUAUCCCGUUACGGGACAGAGAAGUCCUGGGGAGACCAGUCGUCUCCGCGGUUACCUGCCGAACGUCCCGCGGCAGAAGCACUGACAGCGUGCGACAGCAGAAGGGGGUCAGGUGUGAAGAAACACCAGCACAAGCACAACCUGAAGCACCGCUACGAGUUACUGGAGACGCUCGGAAGGGGGACGUACGGAAAGGUGAAAAAGGCCAUCGAAAGACACUCCGGUAGAGAGGUGGCCAUUAAAUCCAUUCGUAAAGAGAAGAUAAAGGACGAACAGGACAUGGUGCACAUCCGCCGAGAGAUCGAGAUCAUGUCUUCUCUCAGACACCCCCACAUCAUCUCCAUCUACGAAGUGUUCGAGAACAAGGACAAGAUCGUGAUUGUGAUGGAGUACGCCAGCAAGGGCGAGCUGUACGACUACAUCAGCGAGAGGCGUCGGCUGAGCGAGCGGGAGACCCGCCACUUCUUCCGACAGAUCGUCUCCGCCGUGCACCACUGCCACAAGAAUGGGGUGGUGCACAGGGAUUUGAAACUGGAAAACGUGCUACUGGAUGAAAACUGCAACAUUAAGAUUGCGGACUUUGGGCUCUCCAACCUCUACCACAAAGACAAGCUGCUGCAGACGUACUGCGGCAGCCCACUGUACGCCUCGCCAGAGAUCGUGAACGGAAGGCCGUACCGCGGACCAGAGGUUGACAGCUGGGCUCUGGGAGUUCUGCUCUACACACUGGUCUAUGGAACCAUGCCAUUCGAUGGAGGAGACCACAAAAACCUCAUCCGCCAAAUCACCAACGGCGAAUACCGCGAACCUACCCAAUCUUCAGACGCGCGAGGCCUGAUCCGCUGGAUGCUGAUGGUGAACCCGGACCGGCGGGCCACGGUGGAGGACAUCGCCAACCACUGGUGGGUGAACUGGGGCUGGAAGAGCAGCGUGUGCGACUGCGACUCCCAGCGGGACGCGCCGGGGUCCGGCGGCUCGCCGAUGCUGGCCCGCUUCAUCGACUGGCAGAGCCGCGCCGAGCCCCGCCCAGCCCGAGCCGCGCGCCCCGAGCCCCCGCCCUUCUCCCGCCAGCGCCCCAAAAAGUCCAAGAAGGAGAACCACCGCGGGGGCUCGGCUGGGUACGACCUGGGGGGGGAGGAGGAGGAGGAGGAGGAGCAGAAGGCGGGGCUGAAACGGCUGAAGGGGAUUCUGAAGAGCAGGCCCGGCGGAGAGCUCGGCUCUUGCGGUGACGUGGAGUUGGGCCUCUCCCUACGCCCCCAAGAUGGCGAUUCCGGGUCCAGCCCCGAGCGGGAGGAAGAGGAGCACAUGGUAGGCGGGGGCUCGCCUCCCAAAAUGCCCCCGGCCCUCCCCAAGAAGGGUAUCCUGAAGAACAGCCAACAGCGAGAGUCUGGCUACUACUCCUCCCCAGAGCGCAGCGAUUCCUCCGACCUGCUAGGGGGCGCCACCACUCCGUUCCUCUCCCGCGCCAGCUCUCCCUCCAAGAGGGCGGCCGGCCGCAAGGGAAUCCUGAAGCGCAACGGGAAGUACUCCGCCCACCACGGCUGCGUGCAGCCGGUCGCCGCGGAAACUGGCCACAGGGACGGCCUGUCCCGAAGCCAGAGCAGGCCCUCCAGCAUCGUCGUGGGCGACGACGAGGGGGUGGGCCUGCCCGGGGGCGCGUUCCGCGGGACGGACUGGCCCCCCGCGGCCCCCCGCCCCAACAUCAGGGCCUGCGUCUCGGCCGAGGACCUCCUCCAGAUGGCCAAAUUCGGGGGUCUCCAAGCUGUCCCGCCCCUGCCCGGGGGGAGGAUGGGCCGGGUGGGUCGCAGGGGGUCCCCGGGGGACAACGGUAGCUUCUCCCUGCUGGGAGACCUGGACGACAUGACUGAGGUGUACCAGCAAGCCCUGGACAUCAGCAACAACCUCAACUAGGGGCUGGGAGAGGGUUAGGGCAGAGUCACACCGGGGGGGGGAGUUGUGUGUGUGUGUUUGUGUGUGUGUGUCUCUCUGAGGCACCAUGUUGUAGGUUAUACUUGCCUGUAAGCGGGGGAAACCCCAUAUCCAUAUACACAGUCACACACACACACACACACACACAGCCCCCUCUCUCUGGCCCGUCUGUGGACCCUCAGUUCAGGGCCCUUAAACAACGUGGACACUUUGGAGUUCAACCCUUUCUCCGCCCACAGACAUUUUCUGUGUUCAGAUGUUUACACACUCAGAAGACAAAUCCGAGUCUUCAAACAGUACAGUAUACACACACACACACACACACACACUGCAGUACACACACACACAGGGUGAUUCCCAGUCGGAGUUUACUCGAAACACCCAGAUAGAGCACACUUCUAUUUUUACCGAUUCUUCCCGAAAACAAUGAACCAGGGUCAAUUUCCAAAUAAACUGCCAGUGUUGAUGAUUGAUGAUUUUAUUUAGUCAGUAUGGUAAUGCAAAACUAAAACUGGUGUGGCCUGGCUUUAUACUGUAAGAGAUCUAAGCCCAGUGUCUCCAAUUCUCCCAGUGGAACCGACAUAUAUGAGAUAGCUAUGGAUACACAGUUCAUGUCUGAUAUGAUAAAAGUGAUUCAUAUGUGAUACACGAGGCCAUAUAUAUGCAUCAUAAUGAAAACAUGUAUUGUGUUAGAAAUUAUGUCUAGUGUUAGAAAUUAUAUAUGCCCUCCUGUAGCAAGUGCCUUUCGAAUCCAUAUGAAAUGUAUGUAUGUCAUUUCCUGAAUGUAGAGAGGAAGUGAGGCCAGGCUAAUGGUUUCCCAUAUAUGGGCGCUGUCAGAAUUUUUAGCAAUGGAUGAGGUAAGACCCAGAACCUAAAAAACUGGGAAGUCCCACUCAAAAAAAAAAAACACCAAUGCAAAGGGUUGUGGGAAAUGUGACAGUCAAGUCUGUGUGAAAUCAGACAGGAUAUAGAUCUCGGGCCUCAGAAGGGGGUCUCUGUGCUCCCCUGCAUGGACCCACUCACAGGUGUGUUGUGGAAGGUCCUGAUUUGAAUACAGGUGUGCCCCUCUCACCUUUGGUAGAAGAUGUCCAAAGGUUGAGAGCUGAAGUCUGACAUUAGUGGAUGUUCAGACAUGUUCGGUGUGGAGAGCGCCUGGCAAGGGAGAUAAAAGGAUGGGGGUUCGAGAUCCAGGUGUUAAAAUGCUUUUCGCUUGUCGAAAAUGAGUCUUGUGUGAGCCGUAGUCUGUUUUUAAAACCCAGAGGGCUUAAAUUCAAAGGGGAGGACAGGACUUUCCCAUAAUCCCCCUUGGCGUGCUAUCAGACGAGGACUGUUGCCGUUGUCACAGUUACUGUUUAGACCCGAGGAGAGCUGGAUCUGUGUCAGCUCAGUAGAUUACCUGGAAAGUUAUAGAAACAAUGGUGGGAGGCAUGUUUGCAUUUUUUUCUUUUUUUUUUCUUUUUUUUCAGGGAAAAUGGUGUGUUCUUUAGACUAGAUCAAUUGUCGCUUUCUCAGACAUUAAUGCUAGUGUAAAAAAAUCUGAGUUGCAUCUGUUUGUAAGAUAAAAUAGCACAGAAUAAAUGGUUUUCUUUUGGAAAGUAAGAGAGUAGAGGAGUGUAGAGGCGUAAGAUGAGCCAAGAUUAAGAGAUGUAGGUUAGACAAGUACAGCGAGAGAGAGCGCGUUCCGUUUGGAGGGAAAGGGGUUAUAUGUUGGAGCAACAUUUUCCCCAGUUUCCCUCCAGGAAAUGUUUAAUGGUAACUCAGCUGAGUUUCGGGAGAGAGAAACAGAAAUGGAGAAGGGAGGUAGAGAGAUGGCAAAUGUGAAUAGUAAGUAGAAAAGAGUUACAGUAAGUUUUCUUUUUUGGACACCAAAGAGGGGGGUGGAGCUUUAAAGUGGAGAAUCAGAACAGCUGUAAAAGAGAUUAAGCCUGUGCGAUGAGGAACUCGGGAGUGUACGAGGUAUUGGCUAUAUGUAAAAGAAGGACGAACGCAGCCACAUGAUUAUAUUUUAAAAAACACACCAAAGAGCCUGAAAUGUAGUGAUUUAUUAGUGUCCAUUUCUUGUGUGGCUUUUGUAGCAUAGUGUAGCUAAUAAGGAGGUGAGAGGAAAUGCCUGUUCUGGAAGAUACUUUUAUUUUUGGUUCUCCCCUGUGGCAGGGGGAGAUUAGGUUGGUGGGUGGGGGGGUGGGGGGGGGGCACUUGGACUGAGCGACUAGGGCCAAAUGCAACAAGGAACAGAUGGAACACAGUUCAUAUACAGCACACCGCUGCAGUUAAUUCUCCUGCUGAGACGCUCUACGACAGGGAUCUCACACUCCAGGGGCUACAGGUUUAAGUCCAGUCCUGGAGGACCGCAGUGUCUGCAGGUUUAACUGCAGUCUUGGAGGGCUGCAGUGUCUGUAGGUUUAACUAUAACAUACAGGUUUUUAGUGCCUAACUUUGAUCUGAAGCCAAUUUAGACCAUGAGAACAAGGUGCGUGGAUCAUUUUGCCAAUCAGUUAGUUAAAUUAUGCACGCGCAGGAAGUGCUAGAACACAUUGAAAAAUCAGCAGACGAGGCAGCCCUCCAGGACUGGAGCUUGAAGCGGUUACAUUGAGUUUGGCGUAAACAGAUCAGCGUAUAUGACUGUGUGUACGGCUGUUUGGGGUGUAGCCCGUAAUGUCUUUCUGGAAUGGCAUUCCUUGCAUGUAAACAACAAGAAUGCAUUGAAAAUCAGUGGCAUAAGUAGUCACACCCUUUUCUUUUCAAUAGAAGAACUAGCAAUGUGGAAUGCAAAAGGGCAGUCUGGUGGAACCCAUCAAAAUCACAUCAUAUGUUUUUGCAAAAGGCCAUGUAUCACGGUGUCCUGGGCAUUUAAAUGCAAAAAAAAAAUGAUAAUAAAUAAAAAUGUUUCAUAAAAAUAUUGAAAAACGAAAAAAAACAGGCCCAUUGUGUAUGGUAGUGCUUAUCGUAUUGUUUAACUGGAUUUACAGUGAUUAAAUUAUACUAUGUUAGUAUUUUUGUUUAUCAUGCUUCUGUUUUUGAUUCUACAAAAUAUAGAAACUUUGUAUUUGCGUUAUUUUUAUGGCAGAAAAUGUACUGGUAUUCUUGAUUUUGCUGUAAGCCUCAAUUUACAGCUGGGCCUCCACAAUUGCUAUCAGUGGGCUCGCAUUGAACAGCUGUAGAAUGACCCAGCUGUGACUGAGCAGCUCUGGGUUUGGCAAAGAGCUGUGGCUCAGUCCUGCUCUGCCAAAGCAACACCAAGGACCCCGAGGCCUCACCAGACAGAUCUAAUCAGAUGCAAGCCCAUUUUCUGCCAAACUGGAAGUACCUGGUACAUACUCAUUAGCUAGGAGGAAGUUUAAUUAUAGUUAAAACUUGACUGGAUAUUGUUAUGAGGAUGACGACGCUGACGAUGAUGAUGAUAAUAGUAUUAUGUUAUUUAAGUAUUCUUUUUUUUUUUUUUUGGUUACUGUACUUUACUGUCAUUGCUAUGGCCAUGAUUAUCCCUUUUGGCAUCGUUUUGUAAGACCACAGAGUGCCGAGGCGAUUUUAUGUUUAGUGCCUUUUUGCUGUCAAUCAAGAUCAUGUUAAUUAUUAUAAUGAUAAUUAUUAUCAUUGUUUGUUGUUUUUUUUUAUACUUGUAUUUAUUGGUGUUAAAGCCAUUUUAUUUGGUGUGGUGCUACCCCGCCCAAGUUAUGUGACCAUGUUUAAAUAACUCGUAUCAUCAGGAGGUGACAGACCUUGGAAGGGGGCGGAGACUUUGCCAGGGCAUCAGAUGUAUCCAUGGUGACUGACAGAUUUGUAGUCCUCUCUCAUGGUUCACGGUUACCAGUGGAAUUGUAGUCCUUCUCUGGGCUCUGGGCAAUCUGUAGAAAAAAAUUAAGUUUGAGAAAAUCAUGUACAAGGGAUUGCUACUCUCUGUCUUCCUAAUACAACAAUGGCACUGCAAUAACAACUCAAAUAAAUGGAUCAUUUCUAAAACAG